GAAGAAGGAGAAGAAGGAGAAGAAGGAGAAGAAGGAGAAGAAGGAGAAGAAGGAGAAGAAGGAGAAGGAAAAGAAGAAGAAGAAGAAGAAGAAUAA